GAAGAAAUAGAGCAUGAAGAAGCCGCUGGUCCCGGCGCAGGUGCUGAUGGGGGGGAGCGGCUGGGGUCCCCCCGCCUUGUGACAGCUUUUCAACUUUUUUCUCAUCCAAUCCAUUUUUCUCAUUGGAGAGUUCGAUUGCGCAUGACAGAGAAGACCAGGACAAGGAGUUGCCAUUCCCCACCCUUGGGGCAAUCUCCAGGUUGCGACCGUCAAAGAGACUUUGCGACAUGAAACCGUCCAACGAAUAUCUCCCUCUGACGUUUCUCCUAGUUCUCUUUGACAGCCCUAUCUCUGCAGCCUGGAGUUCCAUCCUGCCCAACUCCAUCCAAGCCUUAAAAGGAUCCUGUGUGGUCAUCCCGUGUUCCUUCACCGUCCCAGAUUCAUGGGAUUCUCAGGACAUCAGUGUGGCUUGGUACCAGUAUCAUUUCUGGAACUACCCUAAAAUCUACAACAGCAAAACGCUAAUCGAUGUCCUUCCAGCCUACCAGGGACGAACGGAAGUGGUGGGAAAUCUGCAAAAGGGCAACUGUACUCUCAGCAUCAAUCCAGUAGAGAUGGAGGAUGCCAUGAAAUAUUACGUUUGGAUCAACCCUGACUUGGUCAAACAUCCCUUUUAUGAUGUCACUGUCAAGGUAGACGUAACAGAUGUCCCUAACCAGCUGGAGUUGAGUGAUCUGGGACUAGUGACCGAAGGCGAUCCCACCCAAGUGUCUUGUUCAGUUUUGCACACCUGUCCUUUGUCUCCACCGAUCCUCACCUGGAACCUAGGCAAAAACAAGGCUGUCACAAUCCAAGAAUAUUUGACAGGUGGAUCCUGGCGGACGGAAUCGACUUUUAACUACAUCCCUUCCCACGAAGACCAUGGCAGACAUUUGCGAUGCACUGCAACUUUUCCAAACAAGCAACAGAUUUACAGUGGGAUCAACCUGAAUAUUCAGUAUCCUCCCAAAAAUGCGACCAUCUUGAUCAUUGGGAAUCGAAGGCUGAAAGAAGGAGACGAGGUGACUCUCAGAUGCGAGAGCCGCGGAAACCCACCACCCAUCAGCUACCACUGGUUCUUCGGGCCACAAAAGGCACCCCUGAAGGUAGCAGGGAGUGGUCCAGAGGUGAAGCUGAAGGACAUCGGGAGAGACUUGGAGCCCUACCAUUGCGCGGCAGAAAAUGAUGUUGGCAUGGGGGAGGACUCGCCACCUGCUUACCUAAGUGUGGAGUACAAGCCAGUGAUUUGGCCUGAAAGCAACUGUACUAUCUCAAGAACCGAAGAGAUUAUCACCUGUUACUGUGUGGCAGAGGGAAACCCCCCUCCGAGAAUUGAAUGGAAUCUUCUAAACCUGACCAUUCCUGGAGAAUUCAAUAGCUCCGAAGUGCAAGCAGUCUUGAACUCUUGGGAACAAACCAUUGUUGGCAUCCUGAGGGUGCCCGGAUCUAACUUUACCCAGAUAUCUUGCAAGGCCACCAAUCAGCAUGGGGAAAGCUACAUCACCUUGCCCACCAUCAAGGCAGGGAACCUCACCCUUUUGCUCAUCGGAUUUGGGGGAGCAGUUGCAGGGCUCGCCCUCUUCACCUUGCUGGGACUGUUGGUUUACAAAGUGACAGCAAGCAGUCGGAAAAAGGAGAAGAAAGAAGGGGAGCCAGAGGAAGAGCAAGCGGAACCCUCCCGGAUACAUGGCAACGAAGAAGAAAUGAUUUACCUUAACACAAUAAAGCCAUCUAAAGAGAAUGAGGAGGAGCAACUCAACAUGUGCCACAAACCCAAUGUUCCAGGAAGCCAAGCUGCUGAUAAUGUACGAAGCAAUCUUGGGGCAACUGAGAAUAGCAGCCUUCUCCUGUGACACAAGGGCUUGCAUAACACUUGCUAGGUGCAUGAGGGACCGUAGACCCACUUACAAAUAUCCCUGAACUACAACUCCCAGAAGCCCAACCAACACAGCCAUAGGUUAGAGUUGCAGGGAAGUUCAACCCAACAACAUCUAGGUGGUCAUGGAUUCUCCUGGGAAGUCCCCAUCCACACCUGUUAAGUUGACCCAAUGGUAUCCAGAUAUGGGGACUUUCAGUUCCCAGAACCCCAAGAAAGCAUAGUCAACGAUGAAAGAUGACAUGAGUUGUAGUUCAGCAACAUCUGCAGAGAUUCAAGUUGCCAAUUCUUGCUGAAUUGAUCCGGCGGUUCCCAUCCUUUUUCUUCAUGUAGAUCCGUGUUUUUCAAAUUUGGGAACAUGAAGAUGUGCAGGUUUCAACUCCCAGAAUUUUGCUAACUUGUGAGAGAGAGAGACGGGCAGUUCUUAAAUUAUCACCAUCGUUUUAACAACCCCAUAAUCCCUUGCGGGGUGGAGUCUGGGCAAAUGAUGC